UUCAAGAAAGAGACAAUGGCUACUACUACUACUUCUACUUCUACUACUGCAACAAGAAGUAGAAGCUCCACUAGUUGUCUAGUCAUUUUCUCUAUUUUGAUUGUAUCUUUGUUUCUAUUAUUACACUCCUCUACUGCAUACAAGCCCGAAGAUAACGAUAUUGCAGAUGGUGAAGAUUAUGAGGUAGAUUAUCCAUUCCCUGAUAAUCCAAAAGGAAAACCCAGAGGUCCUAAACAAAAGAUCAAGAAAGGUGAGAAGUGUUAUCCAUGGAGAGGAAAUAUAUGUAAUGGCAUAAAGGUUAACGAUGGAGCUGGAAUACUACAAUGUUGUAGGAAACAAUGUGUGAAUUUGCUAGCUGAUCCUAACAACUGCGGAGGAUGUGGUAAGACCUGUGGAUUUGGAAAACAAUGUUGUGCUGGUUUUUGUACCGACGUCAUUUCUAAUGCACAGCAUUGUGGUACUUGUUUCAAUCAAUGCUCACCGGCCGCUAAAUGUGACAUAGGAUUAUGUGGGUAUGCAUGAUAGAAGAUUGGUUAUUCAAGGUAUUAUUUCAUGGAGUUUUAAGUUUUCUUGAUCAGUUUAAUUAGCAUCAAAAAAGUUCACAAGUUAGAGAGGCGGGAGAGGAGAUACGGGGAGAAAGAUCUACGGAUAAGUCCAGAUGUAACUUGGAAUUAGUCAUUGAUUCUUAUUACUAUGGAUUAUGGUUUUAUAUUGACUACACAUGAAUAUGCAAGCUUAGUUCUACAUUCCUAUAAUCCUUCUUUAGCUUCAUCCUUUUUGGGGUUUAUACUUUAGGAUUCCUGUAAACAAAGUUUGUCUUAAUUUGAGUCAAUAAAAAGUACUAUACAUAAGUGAUUGAUUACUACCAA